AUGGCUGACACUCUUGGAAGAAAAUUAGCAUCAAGGUUAAUGCCAAACAAGAGAGGCCAGGCCACCAAGCCACUGCCCAUGCUAGAGCGACACAGGAGAACAGAGGUGGUGGCUAUACAGCCUAACUUGGGCAUGAAAGUAGGGAAGUGGAAAGACAAGUCCCUGCAGAUGAAGUACUACGUGUGGCCCCGAAUGUGUCCUGAGACGGAAGAGCAGGAGGAUGACCACCUGAGCAUCGUAACAUUGGAGGAAGCCCCAUUUGUCAUUGUGGAGAGCGUGGACCCUCUGAGUGGAACCUGCAUGAGGAACACGGUCCCCUGCCAAAAGCGCAUCAUCUCCGAAAAUAAAACAGAUGAGGAGCCAGGUUACAUCAAAAAGUGCUGCAAGGGGUUCUGUAUUGAUAUCCUUAAGAAAAUUUCUAAAUCUGUGAAGUUCACCUAUGAUCUUUACCUGGUUACCAAUGGCAAGCAUGGGAAGAAAAUCAAUGGAACCUGGAAUGGUAUGAUUGGAGAGGUGGUCAUGAAGAGGGCCUACAUGGCAGUGGGGUCGCUGACCAUCAACGAGGAGCGAUCCGAGGUGGUUGAUUUCUCCGUGCCCUUCAUAGAGACUGGCAUCAGCGUCAUGGUGUCACGCAGCAAUGGGACUGUCUCACCUUCUGCCUUCUUAGAGCCAUUCAGCGCUGACGUGUGGGUCAUGAUGUUUGUGAUGCUCCUCAUUGUCUCGGCCGUGGCCGUCUUUGUCUUCGAGUACUUUAGCCCCGUGGGUUACAACAGGUGCCUCGCUGACGGCAGAGAGCCAGGUGGCCCAUCUUUCACCAUCGGCAAAGCUAUUUGGUUACUGUGGGGUCUGGUGUUUAACAACUCCGUCCCCGUGCAGAACCCCAAGGGUACCACGUCCAAGAUCAUGGUGUCCGUGUGGGCCUUCUUUGCCGUCAUCUUCCUGGCCAGCUACACUGCCAACUUAGCUGCCUUCAUGAUCCAAGAGGAGUAUGUGGACCAGGUUUCCGGCCUGAGUGACAAAAAGUUCCAGAGACCUAAUGACUUCUCACCCCCUUUCCGCUUUGGCACUGUGCCCAACGGCAGCACAGAGAGGAAUAUUCGCAAUAACUAUGCAGAAAUGCAUGCCUACAUGGGGAAGUUCAACCAGAGAGGUGUCGAUGAUGCACUGCUCUCCCUGAAAACAGGGAAACUGGAUGCCUUCAUCUACGAUGCAGCCGUGCUGAACUACAUGGCCGGUAGAGAUGAGGGCUGCAAGCUGGUGACCAUUGGCAGUGGGAAGGUCUUUGCCUCCACUGGUUAUGGCAUUGCCAUCCAAAAAGACUCUGGGUGGAAGCGCCAGGUGGACCUUGCUAUCCUGCAGCUCUUCGGAGAUGGGGAGAUGGAGGAGCUGGAAGCUCUGUGGCUCACAGGCAUCUGCCACAAUGAGAAGAACGAGGUCAUGAGUAGCCAGCUGGACAUCGACAACAUGGCGGGUGUCUUCUACAUGCUGGGGGCGGCCAUGGCUCUCAGCCUCAUCACCUUCAUCUGUGAACACCUUUUCUAUUGGCAGUUCCGGCACUGCUUUAUGGGUGUCUGUUCUGGCAAGCCUGGCAUGGUCUUCUCCAUCAGCAGAGGUAUCUACAGCUGCAUCCAUGGCGUGGCCAUUGAGGAGCGCCAAUCCGUGAUGAACUCCCCCACCGCCACCAUGAACAACACGCACUCCAAUAUCCUGCGUCUGCUGCGCACGGCCAAGAACAUGGCCAACCUGUCGGGUGUGAAUGGCUCACCGCAGAGCGCCCUGGACUUCAUCCGCCGCGAGUCGUCUGUCUAUGACAUCUCCGAGCACCGCCGCAGCUUCACGCACUCCGACUGCAAGUCCUACAACAACCCGCCCUGUGAGGAGAACCUGUUCAGCGACUACAUCAGUGAGGUGGAAAGGACUUUCGGGAACCUGCAGCUCAAGGACAGCAACGUGUACCAGGACCACUACCACCACCACCACCGGCCCCACAGCAUCGGCAGCGCCAGCUCCAUAGAUGGGCUCUACGACUGUGACAACCCGCCCUUCACCACGCAGCCCCGGGCCCUGGGCAAGAAGCCCCUGGACAUUGGCCUCCCCUCGUCCAAGCACAGCCAGCUCGGUGACCUGUACGGCAAGUUCUCGUUCAAGAGUGACCGCUAUGGCGGCCACGACGACCUGAUCCGCUCCGACGUGUCGGACAUCUCCACCCACACGGUCACCUACGGCAACAUCGAGGGCAAUGCAGCCAAGAGACGGAAGCAGCAGUACAAGGACAGCCUCAAGAAGCGUCCAGCCUCCGCCAAGUCCCGCCGCGAGUUUGACGAGAUAGAGCUGGCCUACCGCCGCCGGCCGCCCCGCUCCCCGGACCACAAGCGCUACUUUCGGGACAAGGACGGGCUACGGGACUUCUACCUGGACCAGUUCCGUGCCAAGGAGACCUCGCCGCACUGGGAGCACGUGGACCUGACCGACCUCUACAAGGAGCGUGGCGAGGAUUUCAAGCGCGACUCGGUGGGUGGCGGAGGGCCCUGUACCAACCGAGCUCAUCACCUUAAGCACGGCACGGGCGACAAGCACGGCGGGGGGGUCGUCGGCGGGGUCCCGGCCCCCUGGGAGAAGAACCUGACCAACGUGGACUGGGAGGAGCGCCCCGGGGGCAACUUCUGCCGCAGCUGCCCAUCCAAGCUGCACAACUACUCGACGACGACGGCAGCAACGGCGGUGGUGGCUGGCCAGAACUCGGGCAGGCCGGCCUGCAUCCGCUGUGAGGCGUGCAAGAAGGCCGGCAACCUGUAUGACAUCAGCGAGGACAACUCGCUGCAGGAGUUGGAUCAGCCGGCCGCCCCGGUGGCGGCCGUGACGUCCGCCGCGUCUAAGUACCCGCAGAGCCCCACCAACUCCAAGGCGCAGAAGAAGCCCCGGAACAAGCUGCGGCGCCAACACUCCUACGACACGUUCGUGGACCUGCAGAAAGAAGAGGCCGCCCUGGCCCCGCGCAGCGUGAGCCUCAAGGACAAGGGCCGCUUCCUGGACGGCAGCCCCUACGCACACAUGUUCGAGAUGCCGGCGGGCGAGAGCGCUUUCAGUGGCAGCAACGACGGCAAGGCGGCGGCGCCGGCCACAGGACAUCACCACCAUGGCAAUCCCAGCGGCGGCGGUGGCUACAUGCUCAGCAAGUCGCUCUACCCUGACCGGGUCACGCAGAACCCUUUCAUCCCCACUUUCGGGGACGACCAGUGCUUGCUCCAUGGCAGCAAAUCCUAUUUCUUCAGGCAGCCCACGGUGGCUGGGGCGCCGAAGGCCAGGCCGGACUUCCGGGCCCUUGUGAGCAACAAGCCGGUGGUCUCGGCCCUGCACGGGGCUGUGCCGGGCCGCUUCCAGAAAGACAUCUGUAUAGGGAACCAGUCCAACCCCUGUGUGCCUAACAACAAAAACCCCAGGGCUUUCAAUGGCUCCAGCAAUGGGCAUGUGUAUGAGAAACUGUCUAGUAUUGAGUCUGAUGUCUGAGUGAGGGAAGAGAGAGGCCAAAGGUGCAUCCGGGAGGGCCUGGCUGUGGGCGUGUGUCACGCAUGUCACGGAGGGCGAACGGGGGGUAAGGGGGUGAACUUGGUUCCCAUUUGCUCCUUUCUUGUCGUUUUCAUUUAUUUUUGGGAUCCUGGAGUUCUGAUUCCUUCUGAGGGUGAGCCUGGUGACCAGCACCAUCUCUGCUCCCUUUCCAGCACCCUCUUCCUACUUCCUCCUCCUUCCCGUCUGUCCAUCCUGUCCCCAUUCCCAGUUCCCGCGAGAGAAUACGGUAGGCUGCCGUUCCCAGUUCCGGAGAGUGGAUACGUGGGCUGGCUCAUUCCGCUGGAGCUGAGAAGGCAGUGGCCGCAGGGAAUCUUGCUCCUGGCAUGGAAGGACUCUUUGCCACCCGGUUGGAGCGAAGCCAAGGAGAAGCACGAGGAGGCCACGGGGAACGCAGGAUACCUCUUGCUGAACUGAUCUGUAUGUGUAGGUAUCAUGGCCAGUGAAUGGCAAAGCCAAAGCCAACACCGAGUUUUAUGCGACCACCGCCACCCCCCGCCCAAGAGGCACUUGAGCUUCCCAGGUGAAUUCGCCUGCCAACACCAGAGACAUGGGUUCGAUCCCUGGGUCAGGAAGAUUCCCUGAAGAAGGAAAUGGCAACCCACUCCUGUAUUCUUGCCUGGGAAAUGCUAUGGACAGAGGAGCAUGGUGGGCUACAAUCCAUCAGGUCGUGAAAGAGUCAGACAUGACCAAGUGACUACACAACAGGAAGUAUUCAGGCCUAUGUCUUAUUCCAUUUUAGCCUUCAUCAUGAUGAUUUAUAACUGUCUGUUUAUUGUCUUUCUUCUCCACUCUUCUGUAAGUACUUUGGUUGUAUUCCAAGCGCUAAGAAAAUGCCUGACUCAGAGAAGGAGGGUAAUAAACGCUUCUUCAGUGGAUGAAUAAAUGAAUAAAGGAAAGGAUGGGUGAAUGCUUGAAUGCAUGCGCCUGUGUUCCCCAAAUGCCAAUGUUAAACUAAAUGGCAAACAAGGUGGAGUUUGAUGUGGGAGACGUCUCUGCAUCA